AUGAUUCCAUUGGCGAACUCGGUCAAAGGCAUUUCCUGGUGCCUCGUUCACCUUUUCAGCUUGGACUUCAGUUUCCUCGGCGUUGUGUCUGAUCUGCUUUCGGAUCUCCGAAGUCUUGAUUUUUCUGAGUUCUGGUAUCUGGCGCUUUGUGCGGUGGUAAUCGUGCUGCCUGCAAAAAUGAGUGCAAACGGUAGUUAUUUUGUGGAAUGGAAAGAACAGUUUGUUUCACAAGAGCGUGGGAACCGCGUGGUUCACUAUUUCCUGAAAGAUUCUGCUGGAGAAUCCAUACUGGCUAUUGUGGGUACUGAAAGGAGUGUUAGACACAUGUUCUAUGUCGUUGCUGAGGAGUUUGUGCAAGCUUAUGGUGCUGAAAACUCGAUUCAUGCUGGUUUCAAAUGGAGGUCGAGAAGAGAGGUUAUAGAUUGGCUUACAUCUAUGCUGUCAAAGCAGAAUGUGCAAGGCGAUCAUUCCAAGUUGCAAAAAUGUUAUAUAGGACAAGCUUUGGAAUCACAAGAGUUUCCUGUGACUAGUUCGGGUGGACAACAUACACAGGGCCGACACUUGAGGAUUUUGAAUGGACAUCGUUCAGAAAUUGUAUGGUCUGGAGUUGCUUGGACUUGUGGGAAACAGCUCAAGCAUUUCCCAGCAUUUUGCAGGAAUGGAACAACUAUGGCGGCUCAAUCAUUCGUAUUUGUGAUGGCUGAAGGAGAGAAUCAAUAUGUUGCCUAUUUGGAAGACAUGUAUGAAGACAAGAGGGGUCAGAAAAAAGUCAAAGUAAGAUGGUUUCACCAUAACCUAGAAGUCAAGGGGGUUGUUCCUCUUCGAAGCGCUCAUCCGAAAGAAAUCUUCAUCACACCAUAUUCACAAGUCAUCAGUGCAGAGUGUGUCGAUGGUCCUGCCACUGUUUUAACUCGUGAACAUUAUGAGGAAUGCGUUGCUUCCAUUCCUAGUUCAUUUUCAGCCAGGAUCCAUUUAUGUUUCCGACAGUUUAGGAACAAUAAAGUAAAACCUUUUGAUUUGAGUAAGCUUCGUGGCUACUUUGAUCAACCUAUUCUCUCUUGCUUGAGUUCAAAGCAUUUUCUUGAGGCAGACGAUACUGGAGAUGGCACACGUGAUGAAGAGGAUGAAGAGUUGAGUGCAGGGGAAAAUGUAAAACUAGGAUUGAAGAGGGCCAGGAGCAUUGAAGGGCGUCAAAAUUUCGAGAAGGAUGGCAGCCAGGUGGCCGGUUUUCGAGCAUUUUACUCUGGUUUAAAACCUGGGGUUUCUGGCAAGCGACUGCUUCCUCUGAAUAAUGUUGAGCUUAAUCCUUGGAGUGCUGCACUAUUCAAUGUUAAUGAGAAGAUUGAAUAUUUAUGCCAAGAUAGUGGGAUAAGGGGAUGUUGGUUUAGGUGUACAGUCCUUCAGGUUUCCAGAAGACAAAUAAAAGUCCGAUAUGAUGACUUGCGGGAUGAGGAUGAGCGUGGAAACCUUGAGGAAUGGAUCCCAGCUUUCAGAUUGGCGGUGGCUGAUAAACUUGGCUUGAGACGUUUAGGCCGCCUAACUAUUCGGCCAGUGCCUUCAAAUAAAGAAACAGACCUGAGCCUUGAGGUUGGGUCUGCGGUUGAUGCUUGGUGGAGUGAUGGCUGGUGGGAGGGUAUUGUGACCAGCAUCAACAAUAACAGCAACGCUGUUCAAGUUUACUUUCCUGGUGAAAAGUUCGUUUUGAACCUGCAAAGAAAGGAUAUUAGAACCUCCCAAGACUGGGUGGAUGAUCAUUGGAUUGACAUUCAGCCAAAACCAGACAUACUCUCAGCAAUAUCUGCAACUAUAAAAUCGCCCAUUUCUUCAUCUACUGCAAUGGGCAACAGAUGCAGCAUCGCACCUGCACCCUGUCCUGAAAUUGAUCAAACUGAUGCUAUUGAAUGUGGAAAAACUGUUGAAACUACAUUAACUAGCGCUGAUUGUGGUUCGGAAGAUAUGGACUCUGACAAUCCUAGUCAGCCUAUAUCAACUGAUGAACCUAUAGAUGGUGGUGAUGUUAGACAGCCUAUCGCAAGUGACAAAAGCUGUGCAGAUGGUUGUAGUGACAUCAAUGCCAAUAAUCAUAAUAAAGAGGACGAUGACAAUCCGUCCAAUGAGGGCAUUCUUCCAGUUGAUGGAGUUGCUGACAUGGAAGUUAUUAAUGAGGGUGUAGAACAGCAAGUUGGUGCUGAUGAUAACAACGGUGAGGAAUUGGAGAUGAAGCCGUUUCCUUCUUCUGGCAACAAUUGUAAAUCUAUAGAACUCAUGGAGGUCUCAGCUUAAACUUUGAUGUUUCUUCUGCUGCAUUGGAUUGUUGUGGAGCUCCUGGCUUGGAUAUAAUUUGUAGAAGGGCUCUGUGUAAAUAGUGACUACUGAUAUGGGAAAACUGACAUUACCCGUCAGAUUAUCCCGUCCAGCAUCCAAUAGAGAUCAUAGAUCUACAGAUUGGUGUAGUGUUAGAUAUAUCCUAGAUUCUUGUUGUAGGUUUUGAGUGUAUAAAGAUGGGGGAUUCAAGCUCUUCCUAAUUGAUGAGUCAGUAUUCUAAGUCUUGUCAUUGACACAGUUAAGUUGUGUUUAAUGUGUAUCAUACAUGUGUUCUGUCUCUCAUUUAAUAUCAAUGGUGAACUUAAAGUA